AUGUAAUAGAUUAAAUAAUACAACAAAUUAGAAGAAUUUUUAAACUCUUCACUUUAAUCUCAUUAGGUUCUCCAUAUUGAUCUAAAAUGCUAAUUUAUUGGUGCAAAAUGUGAAUCAGACUUAGGUUCUGCUUUAGCAAAGUGCAUUAAUCUCUCAAAUUUGACACUUUAUCUUAGUCAAAAUUAAAUUGGUGCAACAGGUGCAUCAGGCUUAGGUUCUGCUUUAGCAAAGUGCAUUAAUCUCUCAAAUUUGACACUUUCGCUUGGUCAAAAUUAAAUUGGUGCAACAGGUGCAUCAGGCUUAGGUUCUGCUUUAGCAAAGUGCAUUAAUCUCUCAAAUUUGACACUUUCGCUUGG